UUUUAGUAAUUCAAUUGAGUCAAUAUAAAUAAAAAUUAUUAAAAAUGAAAGCAGUCCUGCUCUUAUUCUGCAUCUUCAUUGCUAGCACUAUGGCAUACCAUAAUUUGGAACAUCACAAUAGUACUGAUAUCCUGGAUAAGAUCCAGGAAAGAGAUGGGCAAGUGUAUGUUCUGAUGUUUUACUCCCCAGGCCACCAAGGUGGAACACAUAACGCAAAGACAGUUGAAGAUGAGAGAGAGCUAAUCGAAAGAGUUCUUAAGAAACACCCUUCUUUCCAUUAUGCUAAGAUUAACGCUGCUGAUCCUAACUACAAAGAUCUCAUUGAGACUUGCGGAAUUGUAACAACUGAACUUCAUGAGUCUCCAAGUGUCUUGAUCAUCGAGGGAGGAACUGGUGUAUGGAUUCAUGGUCCCCAGACUGUUAACAAGAUAGAAGAAUUUGCUGAAGAAUUCCUGAAAAGGUCGAGAACUUCUCAUUAACUUUCGAUGAACAUCUCAUUUAGUCAGCGCUCAAAUAAUUGAAGCUCUUAAGAAGAUUAUUUGAUUUCAUACUGAUUCAAUUUG